AUUUCGCAAAACCCUAACGAGCACAAAUGGGGACGAAGCAUCAUUCCUCCUCCGAUCCAAUCAGCGAACCCAAAAAGCGCCGUCGCGUCGGAUUCUCUAAGACCGAUGCCGGAAUUGAAGCUAACGACUGCAUUACUAUACACAUUGUUUCUAGCGCAGAGGAAGUUGACUCCCCAAACAGUUUCUGUCUUGAACCAAUUGACUUGAAUCAAUUUUUUGAAGACGAUGGCAGAAUAUUUGGGUAUCAGGGUCUCAAAAUCACUAUUUGGGUAAGCUUGAUAUCCUUUCAUGCUUAUGCAGAUAUUUCUUUCGAAAGCUCAUCAGAUGGUGGUAGAGGGAUUACAAACGUAAAGUCUGCUCUUGAGAAUAUUUUUGGUGAGAGUCUUGUUGAUGAAAAAGAUGCCUUCCUGCAAACAUUUUCAAUUGAAAGUCAGUAUGUUCGGUCUGUUGUCUCAAAUGCUGAAACACUGCAGCAUAAAGUUUCAAAAAAUGGCUGUAGCACUGAAUCGAACUGUUCAGAUGUAGAGGUAUUCCGGAUCGCUGGCUCGCCUGUAGGGCAGCUUUAUAGUAGAUUGGUGCCGCUUGUACUACUGUUAGUGGAUGGUAGCAAUCCUAUUGACGUCCUUGAUCCUGGAUGGGAAAUUUAUUUCCUAGUCCAGGCGGAUAAGUUGCUCGGUUUUGCAGCUGUUUAUCGUUUCUAUCGUUAUCCUGGCAGUACACGCAUGCGUCUUGGGCAGAUACUGGUUAUGCCUCCUUACCAACGUAAAGGUUAUGGUCGUUUUCUUCUUGAGGUGUUGAACAGGGUUGCAGUGUCUGAAAAUGUGUACGACUUGACGAUUGAAGAGCCUGAGGAUUCUCUACAACAUGUUCGAUUAUGCAUUGAUGUUGAGCGUUUGCUUGUAUUUGAUCCAGUCCAGCAAUCCCUAGAAUCAGUUGUAUCACAUUUAAAGCAGGAAAAACUUUUGAAAAAAAGCUACAUGUGCAAGUAUGCUCCACCACUGAGUGCUGUUGAAGAUGUGAGGAAAACUUUGAAAAUCAACAAGAAACAGUUUACGCAAUGUUGGGAGAUUCUUAUCUAUCUUCGUUUGGCCCCAAUUAACAAAUAUAUGGAGAUAUACCAAGCAAUUGUUUCUCACCGAGUAAAGGCUGAAGUUUUAGGUAAAGAUUCAGAGGGUGCAGGGAAGCAAGUGAUUGAUGUACCAACUGAAUACGAUCAGCAGAUGUCAUUUGUGAUGCUCAAAUCGCAGAAUGGUGAAUCUAGUAGUAGCAUAGAGACGGCUGACAAUCAAAGUAUUGUGGAGGAGCAGCUGCAGAAACUGGUGGAUCAACGAAUGAAACAGAUCAAGUUGAUUGCUGAAAAGGUUUCUUCUCUUCAUUCGCAUUGCAAAUGAAGACAAAGGCAGCUGCUAUGAAGACAGAAGUAAAAUUUCGAAUUGAAAAAAGGAGUCUCUGUAAGGUUAAAUUAGCUUAGUCUUUCAAUUAUAUAUGUCUGUGACUUGUUAUAACUAUUUGAUAUGAGGCAGCAUUCUGCAUUCUCUCUUGAACAAACUGUUAUGUGUAUCUUAUAACUAUUUUAUAUGAGGCAGCAUAUUAUGUGCAUCUUAUAUUA